AAAAAAAAAAAAAAAAAAAUGCUCGCGCGCUGUAACCGCCGAAGCAGAUACCACCAGACAUGAGGAAGAAGAAGAAGACGAAAGCCGUUAAUGAUAUCUUCACAGUGACAACUGAAGACCACUCCCUCACUGCCUCACUCACCUCCCGCCACGUGUCUCCCCCGAUCAUUCCGUCUCCUCCACCAGAUAACCCUCCCUGUCCCCCCUCUUCUGUCAUAUUUAUCCAAUUCCAUUCCUCGAACCGAUCAAUAUUCUCGCUUCAUUAGAGAGAAAGAUAUGGAUCACGCGGCGGAGGCGCACAGGACCGAUUUGAUGACCAUAACUCGCUUCGUGCUGAACGAGCAAUCCAAGCACCCGGAGUCGCGCGGUGAUUUCACUAUCCUCCUCAGUCACAUCGUUCUCGGCUGUAAGUUCGUUUGCUCUGCCGUCAACAAGGCUGGUCUUGCUAAGCUCAUUGGACUAGCUGGAGAUACCAAUGUUCAGGGUGAGGAGCAAAAGAAGCUGGACGUGUUGUCAAACGAGGUUUUUAUCAAGGCCUUGAUAAGCAGUGGUCGAACGUGCAUCCUUGUCUCGGAGGAAGAUGAAGAGGCGACAUUUGUUGAGUGCUCCAAGCGUGGAAAGUACUGUGUUGUUUUUGAUCCAUUGGAUGGAUCCUCAAACAUUGACUGCGGGGUUUCCAUUGGAACGAUUUUUGGAAUUUACAUGGUGAAAGAUGACGAACCAACCAUAGAUGAUGUUUUGCAACCUGGGAAGAAUAUGUUGGCAGCUGGCUAUUGCAUGUACGGAAGCUCUUGCAUGUUUGUGCUGAGCACUGGAGGUGGUGUUAAUGGUUUUACCCUGGAUCCAUCUCUUGGAGAGUUCAUUCUGACUCACCCAGAUAUAAAGAUACCAAAGAAAGGAAAGAUCUAUUCAGUAAAUGAAGGAAAUGCAAAGAACUGGGAUGGUCCAACUGCCAAGUAUGUUGAAAAUUGCAAGUUUCCAAAAGAUGGUUCUUCCCCGAAAUCUCUGAGAUAUGUUGGGAGUAUGGUAGCUGAUGUUCACCGCACAUUUCUUUAUGGAGGCAUCUUUUUGUACCCUGCUGAUAAAAAAAGCCCCAACGGGAAAUUGCGUGUUCUCUAUGAAGUCUUUCCCAUGUCAUUCUUGGUGGAACAAGCGGGAGGUCAGGCAUUCACUGGCAAGGAACGGGCUCUUGACUUGGUUCCCAAGAAGAUACAUGAGCGGUCUCCUAUAUUUCUUGGCAGCUACGAUGACGUGGAGGAAAUCAAGGCACUUUAUGCUGCAGAAGAGAGAAAAUAAUAGAUAGUAAACUUUUUAUUCCUGUUCUUCUGUGCUCUUUACAUUGUCUUACUACAUGUCUACAUCUCCAUCUCUAAUAAUUUCUUCAUAGUGUAGAAGCCUUUUUGCAUUUUAUUUUGUAAUGAAACGAUAUAAUUGUUGAUCGAUUUGCGAAAUAUAAUUCAUAUAUUUGACAUCA